GAGCGGCGAAAACAAUAUGAACCCAACAUAUCGUGUUUCUUCUUUGCUCCUAUCGCCAUGUUUUUUGUUUCAUGUCCUAAAAUGAAAAGCUUAGUGACGGAUUCUACAAUCCAUGAAAAAUAUUUGACAAAGCAAAACCAAGCCCGUUCUUUGUUUUUAACUCUUUUUUUCUCCUUUGAUUGACACCCCCAAAAGUCCUUUCUCUAUCUCAUCACCCUUCUUUUUUGUAUUUUUUCUUUUUUCUUUCUCAUAUAUCCGUCAAAUCACAGCACCUGUGAUUAAGAGAAACAGGAGGAGCAAGAAGUGAAUAAGCUAUAUGGCAGGCAUUGUUCUAUCUGGUUCUUGUUCUUCAAGGUUGCUGCUUAGAGACAGGGAAGCAGGUAGCAAUGGAGCUUCUCUGCCUCAGUACAAUGGGCUCAGAGCUGUGGACACCAUGCACUUGCCUUCAUCUCGGACCCCUAAACUUUCUUGUUCAGGUCCAAAAUGCAGAACAAUCAGGGCCAUGGCAUCGCCAACGGUCUCAGCUCCGAAAAGAGAAACAGAUCCUAAGAAAAGAAUAGUUAUAACAGGAAUGGGUCUAGUGUCAGUUUUUGGCAGUGACAUUGAUAACUUCUAUAACAAACUUCUUGAGGGAGAGAGUGGUAUCACACAAAUUGACAAGUUUGAUGCUACAAAUUAUUCAGUCCGAUUCGCCGGUCAAAUCCGUGAUUUUUCAUCUAAAGGGUACAUCGACGGGAAGAAUGACCGUCGUCUCGAUGAUUGCUGGAGGUACUGCUUAGUUGCUGGACGAAGGGCCCUGGAUGAAGCCAACCUUGGUUCUGAAGCCCUUGAGAAACUGGACAAAACAAGGAUUGGGGUGCUGGUGGGCACAGGCAUGGGAGGGCUAACAGCUUUCAGCAAUGGAGUGGAAGCUCUGAUUCAAAAGGGAUACAAGAAGAUCACUCCAUUUUUUAUCCCUUACUCCAUCACCAACAUGGGAUCAGCAUUACUAGCUAUAGAUACUGGCUUAAUGGGACCUAACUAUUCCAUUUCAACUGCUUGUGCAACUGCAAAUUACUGCUUUUAUGCAGCUGCCAAUCACAUCAGGAGAGGUGAAGCUGACAUCAUGGUAGCUGGUGGGACCGAGGCUGCUGUCAUGCCGACUGGGAUCGGCGGGUUUAUAGCUUGCCGGGCGUUGUCUCAACGAAAUGAUGAACCCAAGAGGGCUUCCAGACCUUGGGACAAGGACCGUGAUGGUUUCGUCAUGGGAGAAGGCUGCGGUGUCCUGGUUAUCGAGAGCUUGGAUCAUGCUAUGCAAAGAGGGGCUAACAUCAUUGCAGAAUACUUGGGGGGUGCUGUGACUUGCGAUGCUCAUCAUAUGACUGAUCCCCGUUCAGAUGGGCUUGGAGUUUCAUCAUGCAUAAGCAAAAGUUUAGAAGAUGCUGGAGUUUCCCCUGAAGAGGUGAACUAUGUAAAUGCUCAUGCGACAUCCACGUUGGCCGGAGAUUUGGCUGAGGUUAAUGCAAUAAAAAAGGUCUUCAAGAACACCUCUGAGAUAAAGAUGAAUGGGACAAAGUCAAUGAUUGGACAUGGACUUGGAGCUGCUGGAGGAUUGGAGGCCAUAGCAACCGUAAAAGCAAUUACAACUGGCUGGCUGCAUCCUACCAUUAACCAAGAUAACUUGGAGCCUGAAGUGACAAUCGAUACGGUUCCCAAUGUGAAGAAACAGCAUGAAGUCAAUGUUGCUAUCUCCAAUUCAUUUGGAUUUGGUGGACACAAUUCAGUGGUAGUUUUUGCUCCUUUCAAACCAUAAAAGAAACGUUCUUCUUUUUUUCGAACUUUCCUUCACUUAAGAUAUACAUCACUGACUAUAAAAAAUGAAGUCUCUGCAAGCAGCUUGAGUGAGAUAUUGCAGGCACUUGUAAUUGUAUCCAUCAAAAUGGAUUACUUCCCUGUUUUUUUUUUGGUUUUGUUGAUCAAUAAAAUAUACAACACAUUUUUCUA